GAACCCGGAAAACGAUUUUCGUGACAGUACGGUGGAGAUUUUUGUUAAUGUCGCUUUGGAUUUCUUCUUGCCGCGUCUCCGUUUAUCUCUUUUUGGAACGGUUUUGAAGCAUCUCCACAUGGACGCUCUCACGAGACGCCCGCGUAUGUCGUAGAGGGUUAACCGUUAACGUUAAGCGCAUUGCCGGCUCUUCACAGUCAGUCCAUGGCUGAUCAGCAUGAGUCCAUCGAUCUUAGGUCUCCUCCAGUGGACCCAUCAGUAGCUGCAGCACACAGCUGGUUCCCUGGACCUCCUCCUCCCAUCUACUCUUGCAACCUGACCCCUGAACUGGUGGCCAAAGCCCGAGAGGAGCUCCAGGAGAAACCAGAAUGGCGUCUCCGGGAUGUUCAAGCUCUCAGAGACAUGAUAUUGAAGGAACAGCCUAAUCUCCGGACAAGGCUAGACGAUGCCUUCCUCCUGCGCUUCCUGCGGGCCAGGAAGUUUGACUACGACCGUGCCCUGCAGCUGCUGCUCAAUUAUCAUGCGGGUCGUAAAGCCUGGCCUGAGGUGUUCCAGGACCUGAAGCCAUCUACAGUAAAGCACGUCCUGGACCUGGGCUUCCUCACUGUCCUGCCUCGGCCAGACCCCAACGGACGAUACAUCCUUUGUCUCCGGCCAGGAAGAUGGAAACCAAAUGAUUAUCCAUUUGUUGACAAUGUAAGAGCCAUUUAUCUGACCCUGGAGAAGCUAAUCCAGCCAGAGGAGACACAGGUGAACGGCAUAGUCAUUUUAGCAGACUACACUGGUGUGGGUAUGUCGCAAGCAUCCAAUCCAGGCCCAUUCCUUGCCAAAAAAGUUGUGAGCAUCCUCCAGGAUGGGUUUCCAAUCAGAAUCAAGGCCGUUAACAUCAUAAACGAGCCCAGGAUUUUCAAAGGCAUAUUUGCCAUAAUCAAGCCGUUUCUAAAGGAGAAGAUGGCAGAGAGGUAUGUCCUCCAUGGCUCGGACCUUCGCUCUCUGCACAGGAACAUCCCAGCAAUGGUCCUGCCAGAGGAGUAUGGUGGCACUGCAGGCCAACUAGACAUGAGUGCAUGGUCCAGGCUGCUGCUGGACUGUGAAGAGGAGUUCAUUGUGGAGUUUUGUCAGCCAGAUCCACUAGAGGGCGUAUUGCUCCCAGACUCCAUGCUGUUUGAAGGAGAACAGACAAGUGGGCAGGACGAUGACACCUUCAGGGGGCUGCGAUCACAACUUUACUACUGUUACUGAGGCAUUUCAUGUUUCAUUAGAAACACGUGUUCAGACUAUUUACAGGGCGCGUUGCCGAAUUUGUGUAAGAUUUAUUUUACUAACAAAGCAGCACUACAUUGGCAGAUUGUCUUCUCUAAUUUCAUGUAGCACAACACUCAGUCUUGAUUCCAAGGCAGCUGCAGACUCAGGCAGAGAGGCUUUUCACAUAAGCGGGUGCAUGUUUCGAGAUUAUUUGUGUUCCCUAUUAAUUUCUAAUAUGUCCAGUACAAAUGGUCAGUUGCCCAUAUUGAAAGAUUCCUCCUGAUCAUUCUGGCCAUUUGAAUGCCUUUUAAAAUGUGCUUCCAAUGUAAGAGAUGUGGGACAAAAGCCACAGGUCUACUACUUUAUUUAGUUAAACCUAAUAUGACGCUUCAGCAGUUGUUAGCCAAAUAAAGUGGCCAUCUGCUGAUGUUAUUGUCUUUGUUGUAGCAAGUUCCCUAUUUGUGUUAUUAGCUGUUCACCUAAGCUCAGCACAAAAACACUGUCUGGAGAAACAUAAAGAGGGAAUUAGGCACUAAAAAACUUGUUGUCAUCGAUCUCUUCCACUGGGAGGACGUUAGGAAACGGUCGCUUUAUAGCCAGUAAGUACAGGGACCAAAAAGAGUUUCAUGACUGUUUUUGGGCAGACUUGGGAAAAUGUGAACAUACUGUGUAACAUUUUCCAGUGAGGAAGAAUAAAAAAAAUCAGUCAUACGCCAGCCAAUAGUGAUCUGUUAGUCACAGUUUCAGUGGAGGGACUAAUCUCAUGUAUUGCCUUAAACCACUGUAAUCCGUGGAUUCUCCUUGGGAUGUAUCAUAAAUUAUGUAUUUUUGUUACCAAAAAAGUAAUCACGUUUAUUGCCAUCAGGUCUUGUUUUUAUAAGCGCAAAUAUACUUGAUUGUUAGUAAGUUAGUUGAAAUGGAUAAUGUCAUAUACAUCACAUGCUAAUCUCGUGUCAUACACAGCAAUUUUGGGCCUUUUUUUUUUUUUUUUAAAGAUGACGGUUUAAUUUUCUCCAGUUUAAAUCUCCUGAGAGGAUUAUUUUCAGUUAAAACAGAUAAUCUGCCUCAUGUAUUUUUUCUUUCUUCCUUUAUUAUAAUUUUUACAUUUUCCAUCUGUUGUUUGUCACACAGUCUAAACACAGGGUUAUUGCUAAUUACAGAGGAUCACAUGGGAAGUAGAAAAAAGAUGUGUUUGCCAAAUUUCACAACAGGCUAUGUACAAAAAUGUGCAAUAAUGUUGGGUUUGUUUUCAAGUGGUAGCCUGGAGCUAGCUUUUAAUAACGUUCAGUCUUUUACAGUUUUAUUUUAAGCAUGUGUGUGAGACAAUAAGCUUAAUUGUAUUGCAGGAUAUUUAUCGUUAGUAGCUGACAGUAGAUAAUAAAGUAAAAACGCAGGCCA